CGUCACUUCGUUCAUUUCAUUGCUUUCACUUCUUCCAAUUGGCUAUAGUUGGUUAUUUGCUUCAAAAGUUUUGUGUACGUGUUUUCAAUUUGAUAACAACCGUGUUGUAACUUAAAUAAAAUGGGUUCAGCAAAGCAACAAAAAGUACAAUCUUCGGGCUUCACCAAGGAAGAGGAACUGCUGCUGCAAGAUUUCAGCCGUAAUGUGAGCACCAAAUCAUCUGCGCUAUUCUACAGCAAUGCCUUCAUCGUAUCGGCGCUACCUAUAUGGCUCUUUUGGCGUGUGCACAAUAUGGAUUUGUUGUCGAGCGCAGUUUUCUUUGUGCUAUUGACUGGCGCUAGCACCUAUCUUAUGGCUAUGGCAUAUCGCAACAUUAAAUUCCAGAUUAAACAUAAAAUCGCCGUACGUCGCGAAGAUGCCGUAACACGGGAGAUUAACCGUCAAAUUGGUGAUGAUAAGAAAGUCACACGCAAGGAGAAGGAUGAGCGCAUUUUGUGGAAAAAGAAUGAAGUUGCUGAUUAUGAAGCUACCACUUUCUCAAUCUUCUACAACAAUGCACUCUUCUUGGCCAUUAUCAUCUUCAUUAGCUUUUUCCUGUUGAAGAACUCCUCACCUUUGGUAAAUUAUAUUUUCUCCAUUGGGUUGGCUAGUGGUGCUUUGGCGUUAUUCUCUACCAGCACUCAAUCAAAUUAAACUGCCACUGUUAACACCCAGUUAAAUUAUUAACGUGGUAUGCAGAGUUGAGAUUUAUCAUUUAAUUAUUUUUUUAACAAACAUUAAAUAUUUGUAACGAAAUAACACAAAUGUGUAAACGAGAGCACUGGAAGUAUUUUCACUUUCAACUUAAGCCAGGAAUAUUGUGCAUGAAAAAAUUCAUUAUAAUUAAGAAAACAACAAAACAAAAAAACGAAUAAAAUACGCGUUUAGUAUAAAUUCCAAACUAAAUAA